CAGCCUAGCGGAGGCUGCAAAGGCGGGUGGCUUUGGUGGCUGGAGGCGCAGCGAGCGGCUCAGCAGCUGGCCGCGAGCAAGUGCGCAGUGCCCCCACGGAACUUCCCCGCAGCCGCCCCGGCGGCACCCGCCCGUCCCCCUCCAUGUCCCGCAAGGCGAGUGAGGACGUGGAGUACACGCUGCGGAGCCUGAGCAGCCUGAUGGGCGAGCGGCGCCGCCGGCAACCGGAGCCGGGGGCACCGGGCGGGGAGCGCAGUCUGCUGGCCGCCGCCGAGUCGGCCACCAGCCUGCAGGGUUCGGAGCUGGAGCGUGCCGCACGGCGGCAGUUCCAGCGCGAAGAGACCCCCGCCUUCGUGUACGCGGCCGCCGCCUUCUCGGCGCUUGGCGGCUUCCUGUUCGGCUAUGACACCGGCGUGGUGUCGGGGGCCAUGCUGCCGCUGCGGCGCCAGAUGCGCCUGGAUGCGAUGUGGCAGGAGCUGCUGGUGUCGGGCACGGUGGGCGCGGCCGCCGUCGCGGCGCUGGCCGGAGGGGCCCUGAACGGAGCUCUUGGCCGGCGCAGCGCCAUCCUGCUCGCCAGCGCCCUGUGCACCGCGGGCUCUGCCAUGCUGGCCGCCGCCGCCAACAAGGAGACGCUGCUGGCCGGCCGCCUGGUCGUGGGGCUCGGCAUCGGCAUUGCUUCCAUGACAGUGCCCGUGUACAUCGCAGAGGUUUCUCCACCCAACCUAAGAGGCCGACUGGUCACCAUCAAUACUCUCUUCAUCACAGGGGGACAGUUUUUUGCAAGUGUUGUUGAUGGAGCCUUCAGUUAUCUGCAGAAGGAUGGAUGGAGGUACAUGUUGGGACUUGCCGCAAUUCCAGCUGUUAUACAGUUUCUUGGAUUUCUCUUUUUGCCCGAAAGCCCUCGGUGGCUUAUUCAGAAAGGACAGACUCAGAAGGCCCGCAGAAUUUUGUCUCAGAUGCGUGGCAAUCAGACCAUUGAUGAGGAGUAUGACAGCAUCAGAAACAGCAUCGAGGAGGAGGAAAAGGAAGUCAGCACAGCUGGACCUGUAAUCUGCAGAAUGCUGAGUUACCCCCCUACUCGCCGAGCAUUAGUUGUGGGAUGUGGUUUACAGAUGUUCCAGCAGCUCUCGGGCAUCAACACCAUCAUGUACUACAGUGCAACCAUCCUGCAGAUGUCUGGCGUGGAAGAUGACAGACUUGCAAUAUGGCUGGCUUCAGUGACAGCUUUUACCAACUUCAUUUUCACAUUAGUGGGAGUCUGGCUCGUUGAGAAAGUGGGUCGCAGGAAGCUUACCUUUGGUAGCUUGGCAGGCACCACAGUAGCACUUAUUAUUCUUGCCUUGGGAUUUCUGAUCUCAGCCCAGGUUUCCCCACGGAUCACUUUCAGACCAGUGGCUCCUUCGGGUCAAAAUGUCACCUGCACAGGACACAGUUACUGUAAUGAGUGCAUGCUGGAUCCAGACUGCGGUUUCUGCUAUAAGAUGAACAGUUCAGUUGUCAUUGAUUCCUCCUGUGUUCCAGUUAACCAAGUGUCUACAAAUGAGGCAGCCUGGGGCAGGUGUAAAAAUGAAACCAAGUUCAAAACAGAAGAUAUCCACUGGGCCUACAGUUUCUGCCCCACCCAGUACUACUGGAUGACACUCCUGGGUUUGGUUUUAUAUCUGGUUUUCUUCGCACCUGGAAUGGGACCAAUGCCCUGGACAGUGAACUCUGAAAUCUAUCCUCUCUGGGCAAGAAGUACAGGAAAUGCAUGCUCAGCAGGAAUAAACUGGAUUUUCAACGUCCUGAUUUCACUGACCUUUCUCCACACAGCAGAGUAUCUCACAUACUAUGGAGCCUUCUUCCUCUAUGCUGGCUUUGCAGCCUUGGGACUGCUUUUUGUCUAUGGCUGUCUUCCUGAAACGAAAGGAAAAAAGUUGGAGGAAAUUGAAUCACUCUUUGACAACAGGCUAUGUACAUGUGGCGCUUCUGACUCCGAUGAAGGGAGAUACAUUGAAUACAUCCGGGUGAAGGGAAGUAACUACCAUCUCUCAGACAACGAUGCUUCUGAUGUGGAGUAAUUUUCAGCUGGUGACAUUCUCGUUACUGAAUUGAAGGUGGGAGAAGGACCAGCACUUGGUCACUGCCCUGCUUGCAAGCCGAGUCUCCCCACAGUCCUUCUGAAUGACUCCAUAUUCUAGAAGACUCGACAAGGACAAAAAUACAACCAUGGUCAUGUUUAUUUUCAUAAACAGAAAUGCUAAAAAAAAAAAACCCACAGAGUUUUCUUAAGCAAAUGUGUAUAAUCCCUUCUUGAGACCGUCUAAACAUUACUGUUGUACCCGGUGACUUCAGUAGGACCCCUUUCUCCUAAGACCAUAUACAAUUAUUAGUAGCAAUACAGCCAGUGGUAAUCUAGGCAGAUUAUAUAUGUAUAUUUAUAAAGGAGUAUUUAAAAUGACCUAAAGAUAUUUAAUGCUAAAACAUGGUCUAUUGACCCUAAAUUUUCAUACCAAGUAGUGGCUUUUCUAUGAUGAGUUAGUACAAAGUGAAUUCCAUCUAAACUUCCAUCCACAAAUUCAGAAGUCCUAUAAGGACAUAGCUGUCCCUGUCUCCUUUGGAUUCCAGAUGUUGGCGUCUGUCUCCAGUGCAGACACAGUGAUUUCUUCAGAGACUGAAUACACAGGAUCUUUUGAACACUAUCCAAAGCAGGCCCUUUAAGGGUUAUUUUCAUACUUUUUUGCAUUGGUGAUGAGUAUAUUUGCACAGAUAAGCUAGCAUGUUUUGAUAAGUAUAUUUUAUUGUUAAAGUGAGAAAGAACAGAUUUUUAUAUAUCUUGAUCCGUUUGUCACAAUUGUAUGCACAACUGGAAUGCAAUUGUAAAUGUACAGAAGUGUCAGAUUGUCAACUGUAUUCCAGGGCCAGUUUAAUGCACACCAGAUUCUCCAUGUUGUCACCCCCAGGCUCCUGCUGCUCUGUGCCUUCCUUGGUGUUCAGUGACAGCUGCGGGCAGCCUGGUUUUCUCUUUCUGAUACACAAGAGGAAGGAAGUCAGUGGCAGAAACAGUUAUUGACAUUGAAUUUAAACUCUAGAAUUCUUUCUCCACAUUUUCUUGGCUCUUCCUAAGGACAGGAGCACACCUCACUACUAAUUACUGUGUUUUUUCCCUGAGAAAACACAAGCUAGUUUUAAUUCUGUCUUUUCUCAUUCCUAAUAAUUUGCUACACAACCAAAACUCAGAGCUGUGUCUGUUUCUUUAUCUCAUUCUUGGUUUGGUUUUCUAUCUACUCUAAAAACCAAGGUUUCUCCUUAGGAAAAGACAUAGAUAGGUUAUAAUCUACAGUCAGUAGAACAGGUUGACUUACCUUUUGACACUAUCUCUCAAAAUAUUUGGUGGUUUCUAUGUUCAUCCAACACUGAAUUCCUAGUUCUCGCCACCCUACUAAGAGCUAUGUGUGGUACAGACAAAACUCCAUGCUUACAAAACUCAUUUACUAGUUCUAAAACUAUGGAUGAAUCUAAUGGCCAGUUAGGAACACAUCAGUUUGAUGUUUUACACAAUGAUUUAAACACCUAAUUAAGUUCCAUAUCCAAGUGAAGGGAGGCUAGUAAUAAAAUGAAAUAUUUUGGCCAGUCUCCAAAAUGUUUAUUCCUCUUUUAAUGCCUGGCUUAUUCUUACCAUAAUUACCAAGCUGAGAUGCU